CUGACUCGAACGCUCUCCAGUCCAUCCCCGCCAUGUCCUUUGCAUCCCGCCCUGCCCAAGCCCUGCGCUCAGCGUCCCGCCGUGCGUCCCGCGCGAGCCCAAAGGUCGCGCCCAAGCAGGCGUCCUACUCUGUCCUCGCGCGCGCGGCCGUGUCGAACGUCCCCCGCAGAUCCACCGUUGCAUCUGUCCGUGGCAUCAAAACGCUCGACUUUGCGGGCACGAAGGAGGUCGUGUACGAGCGCAGCGACUGGCCGCUGUCCAAGCUCCAGGACUACUUCAAGAACGACACCCUUGCCAUCAUCGGCUAUGGCUCGCAAGGGCACGGCCAGGGCCUGAACGCCCGUGACAACGGCCUGAACGUCAUCGUCGGUGUCCGGGAGGGCGGCAGCAGCUGGAAGGCCGCCCAGGAGGACGGCUGGGUGCCCGGCGAGACACUCUUCCCCAUCGAGGAAGCCAUUAACCGCGGUACGAUCAUCAUGAACCUCCUCUCCGACGCCGCCCAGUCCUCCACAUGGCCCACCAUCGCGCCGCUCAUCACCAAGGGCAAGACGCUCUACUUCUCGCACGGCUUCUCCGUCGUGUACAAGGAGGACACGCACGUCAUCCCGCCCAGCGACGUCGACGUCAUCCUCGUCGCGCCCAAGGGCUCCGGGCGUACCGUCCGCACGCUCUUCAAGGAGGGCCGCGGGAUCAACAGCAGUAUCGCUGUGUUCCAGGACGUGACGGGCAAGGCGAAGGAGAAGGCGGUCGCGCUGGGCGUGGGGAUUGGGAGUGGGUACAUGUAUGAGACGACAUUUGGGAAGGAGGUCUACUCGGAUCUGUACGGCGAGCGUGGUGUGCUCAUGGGUGGUAUUCAGGGCAUGUUCCUUGCCCAGUACAAGGUCCUCCGCGCCAACGGCCACUCCCCCUCUGAGGCCUUCAACGAGACCGUCGAGGAGGCGACGCAAUCCCUCUACCCCCUGAUCGGCGAGAAGGGCAUGGACUACAUGUAUAACGCGUGCUCGACGACCGCGCGGCGCGGCGCGCUCGACUGGGCGCCCGUCUUCGAGAAGGCGAACCUGCCGAUCUUCGAGAAGCUGUACGAGUCGGUGAAGAACGGCACGGAGACGAGGAAGGCGCUCGAGUUUAACAGCCGGAAGACGUACCGCGAGGAUCUGGCGAAGGAGCUCAAGGAGAUUGACGAGCAGGAGAUUUGGAGGGCUGGCAAGACUGUCCGUUCGCUCCGCCCGGAUUAUAAGGCAUAAUGCCUGUGGUGGUGGGGUUGCUGUUGCGUACGCUAAAAGCACUGCUUAGUGCACCGGCUUCUGUACCUUACUGUUCCUGACUGGGGUGGAAAUAAUGACGCAGUCUCGUAUUCCCGACC